AUGUCAGAGAAUGGGAAGCUCAGCGUGUUUCUCGUGAGCAAUAGGAGACUGAUUCCCACACCAAUACUUGGCGUGUUGAUUGUCAUCACCGUCAUCCUUAUCGUCAAAAAGUACGACUUGGUAAACGUUGUUCAGCACUUGUCACCCUAUCGGCAGUUUAUCACUGAUAAUGGAAACCGGGUCUUUAACAAUUUUGAAUUUGACCCGACGGAAAGGUUCAACUAUGAGGAGAACAUGAAGUGGGUUGCUGCCGUCGUCUUGGGCUUGACCUUCAUUGCAAGUUUGUUAAUUGCAUUGUGA